GAAGGCGCGCCGGACAAGCGCUUUUGCCCCCCUCCUGCCCCCCCCCCGCAGUGUGGAGCGCCGUGGCUCGGCUGGAGAGGGUCGCGGGUUGCCUUCGAGGCGCUCUUCCUCUGAGGAGGUGCGCUGACGUGGGAGCAAGGGAAAUCCGGUGAUUUUUGCGAUCCUUCUUCGGGAUUGCCAUGCCUCAGCUGGGGAGCCCGACAUUGGGCCGUUCUAACGUGCGGGUGCGAACACGGUUGGAUGUGCGAACACGGUUGGAUUUCCAAAAUUACCUGGAUCCGGAAUGGGAACUGGACGAUGUACAGAAGGGAAAUUCAUUUGGAUCCUGUCAGGAAAAGAAAAUUUUCCCCUUUCAUCAUGCACCAGACCGAUUAGGUAAUGAGUACGCACCAAUUAAAGGUGAUCCUGAUCUUGGGCCAGGAGCUUAUAAUCAUGCAGAGAGGAACAAUCUUAUAUAUAACUUGGCUCAGAGACCACAGAGUACUAAAGGUUACAGCAUGGGAGCAAGAACAACACCACGUUUUGUGAUAAUAAACAAGCAUUUGACCCCUGCACCUACAACGUAUCAGUCAAUAUGGAUCAAAGAACACAAGCAUAAGACUGAACAUUUCCCAUUUCUCAGCAAUAUACCACGGUUUUUAGAGCAGGUUCACGAUAGAGAACUCUUUCCUGGACCUGGAACUUAUAACCCAUACAAGUUGCCACAUAGGCAUGUCAGCUGGCCAGGGAAGUUUGGUUCCCCAGACUGGUCUUUAGUUCCAAUGCCACAGAGAAGAACUUUCAGAGCUGAGCUGCUUUCAGAUAAAGAAUUCAAGAAAUAUCGGAAUCUGGUGGCCUAUCUGAGCAUAUAUUAUAGUGAUUAAUUCUUGUGGCUGAAGAUAUGUCCUCUCCUACAUGCUUAGACCACUAAUUUACUUUUUUAUCCUUAGAAUUAGAGCAUUUUUAAUUAGUUUAUUUCUUGGAUUCAAUAAACAGACUAUUUCACAAAGAA